GCAGCAGCUGGUGAGGGGCGGGACUCUACCGUGACGCACCACGUACUGACGUCAUCACUGUGCUUCUGCCUUCUGCGGACGGUGACAGAACAGCAAGGUGACCGGAGAGGCGAGGUACAGAUAAAACCAUGGUUCUCCAGCAUCUCUUCCGCUUCUCCUCCGUCUUCCGGUCUGCAGUCUCUGUUCAUUUGAGGAGAAACAUUGGGUUGACGGCCAUAGCUUUCAACAAGACCAAGGACUUAGACCCCGUCCAGAAACUGUUUGUGGAUAAGAUCAAGGAGUACAGAGCUAAGAGUCUGCAAACUGGCGGCACAGUCGAUGCCACUCCGGCUUCCCAGAAAGAGCUCAGUGAAGACAUCGGCAAGCUGCAGAGGUUAUUUGGAAGCGGAAACAUGAACCAGUUCCCAGAGUUCAAGUUUGAAGAACCUAACCUGGAGGAUGUUCAGAAAUAACCUUUAUCUUGGACCUAUGUACUGAUGCCGUCUGUCUUGGCUAUGUUACUAGUAAAUUAAUAAACCGAAGGAGAUUUUCA